AUGCCUUCAAUCCAAUUGCACCCACGUUCCACUGCAUCAUCUACUGCGGCAACAGAUGCAUCAUGCUUCCCCAUCACGAAUCCACUCCCCCAACUCCUCCAAACACCCUCCGGCCUUGCCCUUCUCGAGCUUCAGGGCACAAUCAAUCUCUCAGAAUACGAGCAAGAUACGAGCUCAGACGGAUCCUCCGAGUCUAAUGCCCCGUCUUACGAGACUCCGAUCGGGAAGAUCAUGUUCCCGGACUACUCGUCCCUCAACCCGGAUGACACUAAGUGGAUGAAGAGGGCAUAUCUGUACGUCGGUCGGUACCAGCGCAUGACUGGCGAGGUCAAGAAACUGCUACGGCCGAUCGCUGUGUUGCAAAAGCGCGCCGGGUCUUCAGAGGCGGAGGAGUUGGAGGUUGUUGAGAUUGUGCGAUACAAGGUGUUCUUCAAGAACCGACCGGAGCCUGUGAAUGACAUUUGA